CCAUUUCACAUUCAGAGACGCCUUUGGAAACAGCAGAAAUACAGUUUUCUCCUUGCUGUAGUCCUUCAGGUAGUGACCUCUCAGAGGAUGACAUAAAACAAACUUGUUCCACAUCCACACCAAUCAAUGAGAACAACACAUUUCCAGUCAAGGACACAAGGAUGGACAAGAUUCAGACUGACUCUGUUAGUGAAACAACACUGGCCAUCUCAAGUGUUGCCCCAAAUAUUCCUCAAACAUUACCAAAAACGUCUGGGAAAACAUUGUAUAGAAGUACGGAAUGCACUGAAUGUGGAAGGGUCCUAAGCAACGCCUCCGCCCUUGAGAACCACAUGAGACUUCAUACAGGUGAGAGGCCUUAUACCUGCUCCCAGUGUGGAAAAGCUUUCCCUAGCGUUCGAGGUCUUAACCGGCACUUAAAGGUCCACGCCGAAGAGAAGCGAUAUCAGUGUGAAGAGUGUGGAAAGAGUUUUGUUUACCACUUUACGCUUACCAAACACCAGCUCAUCCACUCCGGAGAACGACCGUUUCCUUGUAAAGUUUGCGGGAAGAGGUUUUUGGCUAAAGCAGACCGCUCUACACACAUGCGUAUGCACACUGGCGAGAAGCCGUUCUCUUGCACUCAAUGCGGGAAGAAGUUUAAACACAGAGUUGCUCUGAAUAUGCAUAUGCAGGGACACAGAGGAGAGAAACGCUACACUUGCCCCAUCUGUGAGAAAGGAUUUGUGGAUCUUGGUAAUUUUAAAAGACACAAGCUUAUUCACACAGGAGAGAGACCGUUUGAGUGCAAGGGAUGCGGUAAACGGUUUACACAGUCAGCCCAUCUCAAGAAACAUGUCAACACGCAACAUGUGUUACCUGAGCCAAGUCAAAAUACAGAUGUUCCACUGUAAAAGACAAAUAUUUUUUUAGAAAAUGUAACCUGUUUCUAAAGUUAUUACAAGCCGCUUCUCACGGUUUGUGGCAGUAAAUGAAUAAGCUUUCUAAGUAGUACAGCAGCAGAGUUUGCCAAACAGGUGAUCGUGAACCCCUGGUGGUUCAUGAGGGAAUUGCAGGGGGUUGGUGAGGUGCACUGUUCCACACAGUUAUCUCCAUUACUUUGAAAAACGUAAAUCGCAAUAAAAAAAGUUAAGAAAUAACAAUGGUUAUCUAAACCUUUUUUAGCAAGAUGCAAUGUCACAAGCGUAAAGGAUUUAUAAAAAAUACCUGCAACUUUUUACCAUUUUACAUUCAAUUAGUUUAGUCUGACACAGCAGAAUUCUAGUAGUAAAUAGAAAAUGUGUCUGCUCAGUUUAAUGGCUUCAUAUACAGUAGCUCUACACACAGCUACAUGAUCUACUCAUAUCACAAUGUAAACAGUCUACAGAGGAAUUACAACCGUCUCAAAUGGACCUUCCUUGUUAAAUUAAUUUACAGCUUUAUAUCUAUCGUAAAAUAUUAUUUGACAGGUUCCUGAAUAAAAAAGCCUGUAAGAGAGAAUCUACUUUGCAUAAACAUCAAAGACACCAGGGUUGAUGUAGGUCCUAUCAUGUACUGUCAAAUCUCUUCUGUUGGAUAUUAAUGAAAGGCAUUCUAAUUUUGUAAAUACAUCCAUGUUGAUAAAGCGCAAAAUAAAUGAAAAAACCUC